CAGGCUCCCAAGUCGCUUGGAUUACAGGCAUGCACCAUCAAGCCCAGCUUCUCCAAUAUUUUUUAAAGGAACCAGAUUUAGAGAAUAGUGGAGAGGAAGGAUCCCAUGAUUUCUAAUAUUAGAUAAAUUCCUGUUAGGUUUUUGUCUCCUCUACUCACUUAUGUCCUCUCCCUGCCCUUAGCUCUAUGAAUCCUAGCUCUGGCUCAAAUUAAUACUCCUGGAUUUAUAUAGUAGAGUCUAAUAUAGAUUUUUAUUUGCUUGGCAAAUAGGAACCAUAAGUCAGGUCAGAGAGUGCAGAACUUCUAAGUCCAAGUGACCAUGACCUGAGUGUGAAAGGACUUUGUGCUGCAGAUGCUACAGAGCAUCAUUUGUCCUGCAUUUACAUUAAUAAAGGUAGUGUCUCUAGCUUUCUCUGGGACGGUCGCGCAGGCAGCGGCUACAAGAAGCUAGACACCAAGCAUCAUGUAUUACAAAUUUAGUGGAUUCACACAGAAAUUAACUGGAGCAUGGGCUCCGGAAGGCUAUAGCCCACAAGGAUUAAGGCCAGUGGUUUCCACAGAAGCACCACCUAUCAUAUUUGCCACACCGACUAAACUGACCUCUAGUCCCACUGGUUAUGAUUAUGCGAAGAACAAGGUUCCAGAGCUACAGAAGUUUUUCCAGAAAUCUGAUGGUGUGCCCAUCCACCUGAAACUAGGCCUUCCUGACCAAAUGCUGUACCGGACCACCAUGGGCCUGACUGUGGGAGGGACCAUCUACUGCCUGAUUGCCCUCUAUAUGGCUUCACAGCCCAAAAAACAAAGAAGUUAGGCUACAGAUGAUUGUUUUUUUGUUUUGGGGGGUUUUUGUUUUGUUUUGUUUUGUUUUGGCAUAAACCCUUUGAAAUUUCAUUGUUUCUCCCCCACACACACACACUUCUGACUUGAAUGAUUUAUUUAAUAUUUUUUAAAAA